CCUGGAGAAGCCUGGCAGUUGCAGCGCCUUGGCAGGCUCUGGAUAUGCACUCGAGUUUUUGCUGUGACGCUUAGGCAAAGUCAAUUUCUUUGAUUCCCAAAGACAUCGCUGGGGACAAUUCACAAGAGGCGAAAGAAACCCAAUUGGACCAUGGCGGGAUCCAAGGCUACGCAGACGGCCCUGUGUCGGGCUGGCUCUGCCCUCCUAGCACUGUCAGAAAUCUCUCCCCAUCCCCGCGCUCAUCGCGCCGUCGCGACCCAGGCUUUAGCCACGCUGCGCCGCCCGGCGCAUCCGCCAAACCCCUCCUCGCCCUCCCGCUCUCCCCCGCCGCCGGCAUGGCGGACGACGACGACGACGAGGGCCUGCGGCAGGUGCCUGUCCACCGGCACAGCCCUAGGCAAGAAACACACCUAUGGGAAGGGGGCAAAGAAAAGCAAGGCGGCCAAGGCGGCCUCCUCCUCCUCCUCCGAGGACGGCCCCGAGGACGGCGACGGCGACGCCGCGGCGUCCCCGAGCAAAAAGAAGGCCGACCCCGAGAACGCGGACGACUUUGGCGAGGUCGAGGAGCUGUACGCGCGCCUGACGAGGCGCACGCAAGAGAAGCUGCAGGCCAUGCGGCAGGGCGGACGCUUCAGCCCGGACGCGCUGGGCCGGGUCCCCGUCGUGCUCGCCAAGGGCAGCCCCGCCGUGCCGCUGUCCGAGGCGGCGCUCGUGGACGUCCAGGGCGGGCGGGUGGUGCAGCUGACGCUGUUCGAGCCGUCGCACCGGCGCGCCGUCAUGAGCGCCAUCCAGUCCAGCCCGCAGUUCAACCAGCAGCCGCAGCCGGACCCGGACGACGAGGCCGUCCUGACGCUGAAAGUCGAGCCCGAGCGCCUCGAGGACCAGCUGCGCGCCGUCAAGGAGGCCUGCCACGGCCUGCGGGACGGCCUGCGCCGCGCCACGGCCGCGCGCCAGAAAAAGCACGCUCAGUGGGGGCGCGCCGCCUUGAUCCUUCCCGACGCCGUCGUGCAGCUCAACAAGAAGAUACAGAAGAUGCAGGACGCGCAGAUGAAGGAGGUCGACCUCAUGGAGAAUGACUGCAUCAAGGCGCUCAAGAAAUCUCACGGCCAGGCUGUUUGAGUCUUGCCCUCCCCCAUUGGCUGCUUCCCCGGGCUCUGACAUGUGUUAUCAGGAACAUGUCGCGUGUAUAUUAUAUUAUACCUCUAGGCGAUUCUUGAAGGGGGUAGAAACCAGCUUCGGCCACCCUUUUUGACUUUGAAAACAUGGAAUGUCAGCAUGUCCCAGCUUGCCGGACAUGAAAGAGACUCAGGAAAGUCUCCAAGGUAAUGUGCGAUCUCGGUCAGGCACGCAGGGUGGUUAAAAAAAGGUUCUUUGUUUCUACAAAUGUACAAUAGAAGCGGUAUCGUCCACCACCCGUAAGAUUGCGGUGCUCUCCCUCACGACAUAAAUGGACAAAUGCUCACGCGUCCAAACGAGCGUCAGGCUACCACUGGGUCUUGAUGCGUCUGUCGUAGGUCCGUUUUCCUCUCAAGAUAC